AAUGGAAUAUUAUUGUCUUAAAUAAGGAUGGACUAAAUUGACCGUACGGCUCCCCGGGAAUUACUGUUCGCCGUGCGUUGACUUUGAAAGGGAGGACCUACUUAAAUUAAUCAACUCUCCCGUUAAAACAAAGAGGAAUCAAAUGGAGCUCCGGAUAUCAAAAACCCGACACCCGAUUCCCCUCCUCCUCCUCUUCUCAUUCUUCUUCUCCCAAUUUUUUCCCGCCACUCCCCAAACCCUAUCCAUAGGUUUCCACUACCGGAGUUCCACGCGAUCGCCGCCGGUCAGCUCUCCCACCACCACGAUAGCUAAAUCGCCGCCGGUCAGCUCUCCAACCACCACGACAGCCAAAUCGCCACCGGGCAGCUCUCCCACCACCACGACAGCUAAAUCGCCGCCGGUUAGCUCUCCCACCACCACGACAGCUAAAUCGCCGCCGGGCAGCUCUCCCACCACCACGACAGCCAAAUCGCCGCCGGGCAGCUCUCCCACCACCACGACAGCUAAAUCGCCGCCUGGCAGCUCUCCCACCACCACGACAGCUAAAUCGCCGGCUGGCAGCUCUCCCACCACCACGACAGCUAAAUCGCCGUCGACCAGCUCUCCUACCACCACGACCGCUGAAUCACCGCCGGUGACGCCGAGCCAGUCCACGGUCGUGUUCAACGCGACAAGGAAGCGGAGGCCGAACCGGGCGAAGGCGGAGUUCCUGAACGCGCACAACGCGGUGAGGCGGCGGGUGGGGGAGCCGCUGAGACUGGCGGCGUAUGCCGGGGCGUGGGCGAAGAAGCGAGUGGGCGAUUGCAGGCUGGUCCACUCGAACGGGCCGUUCGGGGAGAAUAUAUUCUGGGGAGGAAACACCAAGUGGAGACCGAGAGACGUGGUGCGUAUAUGGGCGGAGGAGAACAAGUACUACGACGAGAAGGCAAACGCGUGCGAGCCUGAUCAAAUGUGUGGCCAUUACACGCAGAUCGUGUGGAGAGAGAGUACGAAGGUUGGGUGCGCUCGUGAGGAAUGCUCUAAUGGCGGCGUUUAUGUGAUCUGUGUGUAUAAUCCGCCGGGGAAUUACGAAGGUGAGAAUCCCUUCGGUCAGUACACUGAUAAGAGCGGCGUUGAUCGGAAUGAUCCGCCGGCCACCGUCGCUCAGCCUCUCGUGUAAAGGAACCGC